AUGCCCGACGUUGAAAUGAAACCCGCAGAAUCUAAACAGGUUGAAGAAGAAAAACCUCAGGAGGAACGAAAGCCUGUUCCAGUGCAUCCUCUGGCGGAAAUCAAGAGCAACGUCGCGCUCAUUGACCGAGCAGUGACCACCCUCGAACCCCGAUUCACCCAUCGGGUUUUACGCACUUUGACUGCACUCCGUAAACGUAUCGAUGCUUCGAUCCUUAGGAAUGCUGUUGAAUCCAUCUAUAGCAAAGGGUGGAUACCAGCUGCUUCAGAUUCAGAAGAUCAAAGCAUGGACGUCGAUGCUCCAUCUAAGCCUUCGUUGACGGACGUUGUACCAGAAGUUGAGAUGUACCUCCGACUUUUAAUACUCUAUCAGCUACUCAAGGACGAAGACAAUCACGCGACGGCUCUCGAUUUGGCGAAUGAAACAGUGAAGAAGAUGCAGGAUCUGAACAGGCGUAGCAUGGAUGCCAUUGCUGCAAAGGUCUGGAUGGCAGUUGACCGUGCAUAUUCAGCGAACGAUCUCCUCCCCGAGGCACGGCCACUAUUCCUCGCUGCCCAGAGAACAGCCUCCUUGAGAAACGAUGAUGAGGCCAACGCUGUCCUCCUUAAUUGCCUCCUUAACAACUACCUUUCCUUCGAUCAGCCUUUCCCAGCCCAGCAACUUGUCUCGAAAGCAACUUUCCCCCCUUCCGCGAGUAACGGCCAGCUUGCCAGAUACCACUUCUACCUCGGCCGCAUCAGAGCUAUCCAGCUCAACUAUACGGACGCUCAUACCAAUCUGCAGCAAGCAAUCCGUCGUGCUCCACCUGCAAAGACAGCCCCUGGUUUUUACCAGGCUAUCCACAAAUUCUUUGUGAUUGUGGAGUUGUUGAUGGGUGAUAUUCCAGACCGAAGUAUUUUCAGACACGAGGUUCUGAAAAAGCCCCUCAAUGCGUAUUUUGAAACUGUGAAAGCUGUUAGAUCAGGCUCUCUCGCCCGAUUCGAAGAAACAUUCAAUAAACACAUCUACCAAUUCAAGGAGGACAAUGUAUUUAAGCUUGUUCUCCGCCUUCGCCAGAAUGUCAUCAAGACCGGACUCCGAAGGCUCUCCCUAUCAUAUUCGCGCAUCUCGUUAAAGGAUAUCUGCGUCAAACUUAACCUGGAUUCUGAAGAAAACGCAGAAUAUGUCGUCACCAAGGCUAUUCGAGACGGGGUUAUUGAGGGCAAGAUGGUGCAUGAGCAAGGAUGGAUGGAGUGCGGCAGCCAGAAGAACGGAUACGGGCCAGAAGUCAGUGAAGUAUUCGGACGUCGCAUCGCAUUUUGUCUAGACCUGCACAACCAGAGUGUUAAAGCUAUGCGUUAUCCUCUCAAUGCCCAUCGCAAAGAGCUUGCUGCUGCUGAAGGCGCCCGAGAAAGAGAAAAGGAACUGGCCAAAGAAAUUCAAGAUGGCGACUUGGAUGACGAAGAUCUGGGUCCAGAGUUCUAA